UUCAAAACAAUAAUUAUUUUGCCGCAUUUGCUAAAACAUUCUACGAAUGUGCAUAAAAAUACUGUUCGUUUUCCCUGUAGUUCCUUGAGUCAGAGCUAUGGAGGUGGAUAAGUACAAAGUGGAGGUGGUCCACUUUAUAAAUCCACACUUAAUCUGGAUAGAGGUACCGGACAAAACUUCGGAAAACGACGAUAAUUUCUACUUCGAACAAAUAGGUAUUUACGGCGUUGUACCCCUGGAAAUGACCAUGGAUCUUCUUGAGGAUACUUUGAAGACGAAGAGGUGUAUAGACUGGAUGCCUGCGGCUACUGUUUUGAUGAAGAAAGUCUUCGCCGAGGCUACCGAAAUAUACUUCUGCCCAAUCCAUAUCGAUAAUAGAAGCUCAAUUUUCGACGACAACAUCCACAAGUACGGUGAGAUAAUAAUUAAAAAAGAUAACGGUAAAUAUCGUCUACUGUCUAAAUUGUUGGUUAAGUCUGGGUACGCUCUCUUCAACGAGGAACUAUUCGAAGACGAGCUCAGUUCAGGAAAUAUAAAGACGAAACUAUCUCACUACAAAAUAAAAGACAUUAUCGACCAGUUAGAAAAGAAAUGCCAAAAACAAGCAACUAAGCAAACUAGCGUUUUCCAAACAGCGCAGAGAUUGGAAUCGUCUCUUACAGUCAAAAACCUUAAAGCGCAUAAUAGAAGAACUAAUAGUGACGUUUCAGCCGAACACAUGCUUGAAAGAAAGCUGCGAGACCUUCAACUGUGCAAAGAGAUUGAGACGGACUCUUUGGGACGAGCUUCGAAAAAAGGAGAUUCAGCUAAAGAACAUACGUCUGUUCUACGGAAGAAGCUUGAAUUGCUCAAAAUAACUAGAGGAGAGAAACUUACAACCGACUGCCUUAAGCAAAACAAUGCUGAGAUUGAAAACAGACUCGCAAAAGAUGAUAACCAAACUGAUUCAAAAGAACCCAGAACAAGAGAAUCAGUUGCGAAAUAUUUUACUAAUGGAGCCAACAUAAAAGAUCUCAGUGAAAGACUGCCUAAAGAUGUGUACUUAGAUGUAAACAGAAAGAAGAAAAAUCCAGAAGUCACAGUUAAAAGUGUCGACAGUGUUGAUAGAUUUAAAUGUGAACCACAAAAGUAUGUGACGCCUGAAGUUUGUCAAGAGACAGAAGAUGCAAAUGAUGAAUGGCAUGAGCCUAGAAAAACGAAAAAACCCAAGAAAAAUCAUCAAAAACCAGCCAAAGUACCUGAAUAUAACAUCCAUACAGAGACUAGAGUAAUGUACGGCCCGCCAGAAUGUAACCAAAGCUCGUUACCAAUGAAAAUUGUCCCUAAAGAUGAAUUAUAUGAGAGCUUCGAACUUGAAAAGAAACAGGAAACCCCAGAAGAGUUACCUAUUGAAAAAGGUAAAGAAGAUAUUUACGGCAACGUUGACUCUGAUUGUGAGACAGAAGAAGGAAUUCCUCCAAAAGUAGUAUCGGAAACACAGAGUAAUGUCCCGAUUGAAACACAAAAAAUUGCCGUAGAAAAGCCUUCUUCACCAUCCUCAGUGACAUCCAAGCCUCUAACGAAAGGAGUCACAAAUUCAAUGUUGAAGCGAAAAUUACUUAGAUACCGGGAAAAUUUAUCGAGGACACUAAAUAGCUCUGCAACCUCUGAUACCAGCACAAAAGACUCUAGUACCAGUGUUGAAGAAGUAAAAAAAGAAGUUAAGAAGACUGACACAACUUUCGAUUCAGAUGACGACAACAUGUCCGAAGUUUUGCAGAAAAUGAAGACUGAAUACGCGCCAAUCCAAACUCCACAAAAAGAAACUAUUGUAAGUGUGGCUCAAGCUAAAAGCAACGUAAAUCCUUUUAAAAAUGUUGAUCCAAACAUGUCAGUAUUCGUUGAUAAGUUAGUUACUCCUGUACUGAUGGUUCACUCGAAGAUGAACAAACGUUUUCUUCCUGUUUUCAAAAUUAGGGACAUCCCUUUCAACAGUCACAUUCAGAUGGUCCUUAAAAAUAUGUCCGUUGAUCAACCGAUGAUGUUGCAAACCAUAACUUGGUUUACCAUAUUGCGUGGGUAUAGUACUUUUGUGAUCAGUCCAAGGGGUAGUGGAAAAACUCUCGGCUAUCUCCCCGCUGUGUGCCGCUUGAUAUCAGAUCGCGACUCACAAAUCGACGGCAUAGGGCCUACUUGUAUCAUUGUAUGCGCGACAGCCAAUCUUGUCUCCGAAGUCGCAAGUCAAGCUAAAAACUUUUUGGGUACAAAAGAAGGGGUGCUAGCUUUCUACACAGGAAUGGAUGAGCUCGAAAUGGUGACUGCUCUUUUGAACGGUUGUGACUUGUUGAUCUGUACGCCGUCCAUAUUGGUGCGGUAUUUGCAAAGUGACUUCGGUGUCGAUAUACGGCGCCUAACCACUUUCGUACUCGACGAUUGCGAACGUCUUUCUGAAGUGUACGGUAAUGAGAUCAAAUAUUUCAUGCACAAGAUUAAGGAAAUGCUAAAAACCCGUGUCGUAAAGGAAGUUAAGGUCCAGUAUGUUCUGGCUUCGAGAGUGUGGUGCGAAUUUAUGGAGCCUCUUGCGAAGAAAGCUCCAGACACGGUUAUCUGCAUUGGCGCUUUCCAAGAAUGCGUGUUAUAUUCUCAAGCUAGUACAACAGCUAGUUUCGUCAUUAAAGAGAACAAAAUCAAUGCAGUCAUGAACUUUUUGCAACAGAUUGACGCGUCCAAACGAACAGUGAUCGUUUGCAGGACAGACGAAGAAGUGAGAGAGCUUGAAAAGGCUCUUCUCAAUUCGAGACACGUCGUCUUUGCUUGUGACAGCUCUAUGACCGUUCAGGACUUGUAUAAUCUUCGGGGAUCGUGGGAUGAUUACCAAGAACCACUUAUUGGCCCGAUUCUUUUAUGUUGCGACGGGAAUUUACUGCACAUGAACGUCACAGAUGCACAUUACCUCGUUCAUUAUUCCCUCCCGCAUCUGUUCUCGAUGUUUUGCAAAAGGUUCGCUUGCUUGAAUGAUAAUUACGCGUCGAUUUUCAAAAGGCAAAAUCAGGGGGUAAGGAUAAAAAUUCUUCUAGAAGAAACUAAUGUCGAACAAUUGCCGAAAAUCCUACAUUUUAUUAGGAGAUGUACGACAGAAGUGCCUGAGCUUUUGGACGCGGUUUGCGCGAAAGUUUUAACAGAGAAAGACGAGAUGAAAGCGAAGAAACUGGUGCCAAUAUGCGACAAUCUUAUGGCACUCGGCGAAUGUCCAGAUUUUUGGAACUGCCAGGAACGCCAUGCUAUACUGAAGAAUUACGACGAGCCAAAAGUAUGGGUGCCCACAGACGGUGUUGUAACUUUCAAAAUUCUACAUUAUCACACAGCAACGUUAUAUUCCGCACGGUUGCUAACAAACGUGACGAAUGGCAAAACAGUGAAAUACCCGCAAAACUACAACAUGCUUUCCAUGAAGAUAUCCAUGUACUAUACCCGGGAAUCGAACAGACAACUACACGGGAUACCCCAAGUCGGGGACAUCUGCGCGGUGUCUGUCAGGCAAAAUUUCUUCGUCAGGUGUCAAGUGGUCAAAAUCCUUAGCUAUUACCAGAAAGGGAACCCGAAUUACGUGUUAGUGAAACUUAUUGACGAGGAGAAACUUGAAAGGUCGAGAGACAUAUAUCUUUACCACCUCCCCGAUGAGCUGAAAGAACCAGAAACACAUGUAGUGCAUGUAAGAUUAGCCAACAUUCAACCCAAAGACAAAGACAUAACCUUUUCGGAGUUAGCUGAACAGCAGCUGAAGAAAAUAACAGACGGCGAUGACGAUCUAUACCUAUCUGGACGCGUAGCCAUGACUAUAGGGAAUUGCGUGAUCGUGGAGUCACUAGAAACAUGCAGAGAUCUCACAUCAUUGAAGAAAACUGUCGUCCGACAUGACUUCAGGCAAGAGUUGCUUGAAAGACACGCUAUACCCAAUCCGGAACAUUUAAAAAAACUAGAUCAACUUUGCGCUAAAGGUGGGUUGGUUGUUCGCAAAGAACCUGAGCCUGUGAAAGUGGUUCGAAAGACGAAAAACUUGCCCAAAGAACAGUGGGCGCAUUUAGACAUAGAUGAAAUGCCCGCCAUUCUUUUUGCGUCAGCUGAAAACCCUGGUGACUUCUUCAUUCGUCUUGUUAAAUUUGAAGACUCCUGCAACGUCCUUGUCAAAGACAUUCAAAAGUACGUCGCCCAGAACCCUCAAAAAGUGACGGAAGCUUGCGAAGGCGACCUUGUUCUUGCAAGACUUCCCGAUGAUAACAUGUUCGAACGCGCUAGAGUCGACGCCAUCAUUGACGAUGACAAAGUAAAGUGCUUCUUUGUAGACCAGGGAGAUUGGAGAGAGGUGACCAGAGAUGACCUGUUUCCAAUAACUGAAAAGUUUAUAACUCAACUGCCCUUCCAAGCGAUAGAAUGCCGGUUGAUCGGAGUGAAGCCCGCUGGGAAAAAUUGGACCGAAUUUGCGACUAAUUGGUUUAUAAAUUGCUUCGAAGACAAAUCUGGGGACCUUAAACAGCUAUUCGUUAAAUACUUUACAAAAGAAAAAGCGAGACAUACUGGAGGGCAUAAAUACGGUGUUGCUAUUAUUGACACGAAUUCCGAACAAGACGUAAUUAUCAAUGAUAUGAUCAUGGAAGUCAAUUUGGCUCAGGAGGAAGAGACUGAAAUAGAAUAUUUAAACCAACUUGACUUAAAAACAGCAGCUGCAGCAAGCAAGGAAGACAACGAAGACGAUACUUGGGAAAAGGUAUCGAAAUCCUCUUCGCUGGUUGAGGAUAGUGAUUCUCCUCGGGUACCUUUAGCAGACAUUUUCCCUAAAAAACCUAUCAGAUCAGUCCCGCUAGUGGGCUCAGAUGAAAGCGACACGUCUGACGAAAAAUGGAACAUUAACAUGGCGGAAGACUUCAUGGAGAUGUUCAGACCAGCGAUACAAUCCAGCCGACCAAAUGCUAAAGAAUUUAUCCAAGCUAACCUACCUGCCAUCAAACCUGAGGAAUCCGCCACCAGUUCUGUUGUGAGCUCAUCUUCGAACAAAGAUCAGAUAUCUAGCGACUCUGUUUCUGAAUCUGACUCUUGCGUGCGAAUACAGUCUGCUACGAGCGACAUGCAAAUUAUACCGACGCCGAAAAUAAAAGAAUUGGAUUCUGAUGACUUGACAUCUCCAGAAUCGACCCAGGUUUCCGCAAAGUGUGUUAUUAAACCUGACGCAAAAACAAUUACAGAUUCAGUUAGUAAACCGAAACUUCUUUGGCGACAGAAUAAAGUCAAUGUUAUAUGCAAAAUUCAGCUUAUAGGAAUAGAACAAUACGAAUUGAUUAUCACGGAAAGAAAUCUAAAGUUUGCAGCUACUGUUAAUGAGACUGAUUACGGCUUCGAUUUGGAACUUUACGGUGUAAUAAACCACCAAAAAUCUACCCACACUAAUAAAGGACAGUAUGUGUUAGUGAAUCUAGUAAAAAUUUUGAACAGAAAUUGGUUGACUUUGACCAAAAAUGGUGGUAUUCAGAAAUGGAUAGUUUACGAUAUAGAUUCUAUAGACGUCUCUUCCGAUGAAGAGGAGGUUGUAGAUAAAAUGCCAAUUGAAGCAAUUAGGAACAUGUGUGAUAACGAAUCGGAGAGUGAAGAUGAUGAAUUUGUAGAUGAUGUAAAUUAUUCGUAUUCAAAAACAUAAGUAGCAGCCAAACAAAUCAAAUUUACUCAUGCUUUACCGUUUAUUUUCAAUGCUGGAUUAUCAAAGAACACUUAUUGGAAGUCAAAUACUUUGAUUCUAUCCUAAUCUAUUACUCCGGAACAUGUUCAGAAAGUUCGGUGAAGCGUGUGUGAGUACUUAAUUCAUCUCGCGACAGAUGUACAAUCAAAGAGCAAAAGAGCAGUCACUGAGCCCAGCGAAUUAUUUGUAAACAGUGGUGAAACCAUGAACCAUUCCUUCUCAUAAUUAUAAAAUUUAUGUUUUUGUAGGUGUUUUUGGUCUAUUACAGAAACGACAUGCGACCAUGGUCUUAAGUGCAACCAGUUAAUAUAUUAAUUUGCAAGAAACUGAUUGGACUUUUGCACCUUAUCGUAACUCUGACUACUGUCAUAUCCAUAGCGUUAUCCCGUUUUCACAGGUAACCUGAACUUGAAGGUUUGACAGGGCCGGUUUUUACAGAAGCGACUGCCUGUCUGACCUUCUGACCUGAAGGGAAAACCAGCCUAAUACAGGUUAAGUCACUUAUAUACAUAUAUAAACUCACGCCUAUUUCCCACUAGAGUUAGCAGAGACUAUAGAAUUCCAUUUGCUUCUAUCCUGACACACUUCUCUUACUUCCCCCAUAUUCAUCAAUCGUUUCAUACACGCACGCCGGUUCAGAGUAGAUCGUACUAAACCUUUUCUAAGGACAUCUCCAAUUUGGUCAAUGUACGUCUUUCUAGGUCUUUUAGGUGGGUUAGGUCUAAUACCUCCGAAACUCAUUUCUCGGGGAUGUAGGAACCUCUACUACCCCAGUUCAGAAUACAUGAACUUAUGUUCAUGUAUUCUAUCUACUCAGUCUGUAUCCUCCCAGUGCUAGGUAUAGACCUCUCUUUUAUGCCAUUCUUUCUGUUCUUGUAGCUUCAACUUCUUUUUUCUCUCUUUUAUACACACACACACACACAUACACACACAGCCUCCGUGGUCUAGUGGGCUCUCGAUCUGGAGGUCCGGGUUCGAUUCCCGGUGGGGACAUUGUCGAAAUCUCUUUGUGAGACUGUUUAACAACGUUAGAAAGAAGCAGCUACAUUGUAUGAGAAUGUCAAAUUUUCCUUCAAAUCUGUCUGUCUUGCAAUCUUUGAGGGCUAAUUACUUAGUUUUAUGCCCUUAUUAAGGGUACUUUUUUUGGAUGUUUCUAAAAGCCUAUUAAAUGGAGCAGUUUUUAGAAAUACUUUCAGGGUCCAUGACAAUCUCAUGUGUUUAUUAUUCUUCGGCGAAGUAUUAACAACUGUAACAAUUUUGAUCAAAUUCUCACUUUGACUUCCGAUAACUUUUUUUUUAUCUUUGAUUUGACUUUGAAUUAUCUUUGAUUGAGCGGUACACAGCCUUAGGCAUAGUUGUGAAGUAAAAUAAAAUAAUUAUUAAGAAAGGGAUAGCGACAAAAUGAUUAUUUCUGAAGUAAGGUAGAAAAUCUAGAAAAAGGUACAAAAUGGGUCAUAUCUCCUAAACCGUAAAUAAUUGCUGAACAUACAUGGGGGUGUUUCUGGUAGCUAAUGAGCCCCUCUAUCUAAUUUUUCAUUUUGAACCUGAACUUCUGGGCCACCCUGUAUAUCUAAUUUCUAAUUAGUAAGUAAAUAAAGAAAUGAUUUAUUAUAAAAAUUGAUUCCGUGCUUCGAAAAGCACGUUUGACCGGCGGUUAAGUCUUUGCUCCCGGUUACUACUUACUGAUGUAAGUUAGUAGUCGUUACAUGAGCCAUGUCAGAGGCCUUUGGCGGCUCAAUAGUAACCCUGACACCAGGGUUGAUGAGGUUGGUACUCCACCUCACAACCCACACGAUAGAAGAAGACUGGCGGUCUCAGCUAUUAUUUACUUAAGUACCUAUGUAGUCGUUACAUGAGCCAUGUCAGAAGCGUUAUGGCUCAAUAAUAAAUAAAUAAAUAAUUAUUCUCCGACACCAAGGUGUUGGUGCAUUCGGUCAAAGACCUUACAAUCUAUAAUAGAGAAAAAAUUGUGUAUUUUCUACAUUGUUUUAAGUUUACGCGGUUAUUAUCAUAAUUAAAGCACAUAGGGAGUCUCAUAUCAUUAUUACUAUUUAUUAAGUACACUAGCAGAAUAAGCUGAUGCGUGUACGUCACUGCACUUGGGUUUUUGUUUUUUUAUAAUGUUCGUCAAGUCUAUUCUUAAGUGAGUUCACUGAUAUCCCCAUUUAAACGCGGUAAGAACCCGUUAUUGGUGCUAAUUCCUGUAAAUACCAUCUAAUUUUAUUUUAAGUUAUAUCUGUCAUUUUCUUAUCCGCCGAAAAGGAAAGGGACGGGUAAUCGACAAGCAUAAAAUUUAUGGAACACACGUCAAUUUUAAGCACAAAUCUAAAACAACCGUCUAAAAAUUCGCCCGGGUUAUUCAUUUAUUUACUCAUUCUUCCUAAAAUUAAGAGCUGUCAAUCAUCCGUCCCUUUCCUUUUCGGCGGGUAAGAAAAUGACAGGUAUAACUUAAAGUAAAAUUAAGAGAUGUCUGCAGGAAUCGGGGCCAGUAUGUGCUUUAAUUGUGUAUUUUCUAGUUUAACUAUCUCUGAGCAUUCCUGUUAUUUUUUUUAUUGAUUUGCGUGAUAUUUCCUCAGGUGGUAUUAACCAUAUGGCCGGAAAAACUGUGUAUAAAAAACUGUGUUAGCUCUCUAAGUAAAUAAAUAUAAUAUAAUGGGACCCGUCAUUUUCUGACAGAUGAUUGACAACUGUUAAUUUUAAAAUGACUGAAUAGCCCGGGCGAAUAAAAUAGGCGUCUCGCUUAUACGCAACCCGUUUGACGUAUGCUGUCAGCUUAAUUCUGUCGGGUUAUUGGCCAAAUAUAAAAUUUUGAGUUUUUAAAUUUCUGCCUAAAAUUGACGUGUUCCAUGAAUUUUGUGCCUGUCGAUUACCCGUCCCUUUCUUUUUCAGCGGAUAAGAAAAUGACAGGUGUAACUUAAAAUAAAACUAGAUAGUGUGUACAGUCAUGAGCAAUAUCAUGUACCCACUUUAGAACCCUGUCGCACUAUCAUAUUUGACAUUUAAUGAGACUUACGGUUUAAUUUGUCAAAAAAGUUAAUGUGACAUGGUUUCAAAGUGUAUACAUAUUAGUACUCGUGACCAUACAGGAAUCAGCUCCAUUGGGUUGAUUGCAAAACUCAAAAAUGUUUAUGUUAAUAGACUUCUAAGGAUAACGAUUUGAUAGUUUUUGUUUUUAAAAGUAAACUAUUUAAGAACCUA